UCGCGGAUGUUCCCUUGUACCGAUAUGUGCAGAAAUACCCAUGCCAAUCCAAUGUCGCGUUGAGCGAUAACUCAUGCGAAAUGCGGAUCGGGCAAUUCGAGCGCGCGGAGGCUACAAAGCUUACAGAUAAGAAUCCUGAUCAAGAUACAUGGUGUUUCCGUUUGUAAUAAUACGAUACAAUCACGCUAUUCAAAGUACCUGAGCUUCACAACGACUACGUACUUCAGUCAGCUACUCCCAUCAAAACUUCCACGAGCCCAACAUUCCGAGUGCCACAAUGUAUGACAAAAUCUCAUCCUCUGAGGGAUUACUCUCUCGCUCAAGCUCGCCGUCCUUCGCGUCUGAAGAAAAACUCGAAAUCCCGAGGCGUAGAAACGCUCAAGUUCUUCCAAAAACUACCUACAUCCUGAUCGGUCUAUUAGUUUUGUCUCUAAUAGCCAAUGUCGUUGUGGUAGUCGUUCUGAAUGCUGCUAUUUCAAAGGCGAAUGGGCUGCUCGGGGAUGAAACAAGAAAUUGCAAGUCUCAGACAAAACUUUACUCCCCAGCGCAAGAUGCAUUGGAAUACAAGGUCACCAAGUUUGAAAGUUCUAUUUACGGGGGAGAAACGGAAUAUCAAGGUCCACCAACUGAGCAUAACAACCGAUUAUGGAAGCAAACCUACGCCCAUAUGAACACUCACAUUACCGAAGAAGAGGCAAAACAACUUCCGAAUAAGACGAUGCCGGAGCCUCCGUAUGAAGGCAGCGGAUACCUAAUUGUACUGAACGUAUUUCACGACUUGCAUUGCAUAGACAGCCUCCGUUUGGCACUAUAUUACUUUUUAGACGAUCAGUGGAACAGCACCUACAAUCCCUACACUCUUUUCGAACAUCCUGACGAUGCACUUUGGGCCAAGGGAGGGCGCGACUUGAGUAUCAUGCACUUAGACCAUUGCAUAGAUGCUCUACGCCAAUCCACACAGUGCAAUGGGGACAUUACCCCCAAUGUAUACCAGUGGAGCGAGAAGUGGGGAGAAGUCCGAGCAUGGGCUACGGUAGUUCAUGAGUGCCGGAACUUUGACAAUAUCGUAGAUUGGGCGAAGUCUCACUACUCCCGGUUGCCCUUUGCGUUUGGAGACGGCCCAGCAGUUGGCAAGUGCGCAUGGGACGAUCCUUGGACUUGUCUAUUGGAUUGAGUUGAGGUUCUAAUAGCAGCUAUCUUCGCCAAUAUUGCCCCGAAUUUAUCGUGUAAAUUUCACUAUGCCAUGUCCCACUCUAAGCCCUAGCUGUCCAUUCUGAUGUAUGAAGAGCAACCCUAUUAUUUAGGGAAGGGGUGGGGGGAGGAGGAGGUCGCUAAUAAAAGAGGCUCGCUAAGAAGCAUCCCCCUAGAAGAUCGCUUGACAUGGGUCAUUUUUGAUGCCGCGCGCAAGGAAAUCUGCCGGGCGGGAAGUUUCACACCUUCUUAAUCUGUAAGCUAGUGAUCAGCCACCUCGGUAAGGAAACUGCGUCGAGAAAGAAAACAUGAGGCAUACCCACCAUUGAAGCCGUUUCCUUCUCCUGGUACUGUUCAACAUAUUAUAUACUGUUGUUUAUACCUCUGACAUCGUUUCUCUAAUAUGGACGUGGUGACUGCGGCAAAUAUCAACGAUUUCGGACCUCGCCGCGAUGGAAGCUUUGACUUCACAUUGCUCUUCGAGCAAAGUGUCCUCUCUAUCUUACCUUCAACCCUCUUCCUAGGUGUCUCGUCGCUAAGAAUCGCAUGGCUGUUUCGACAGGAGAUUCACGCGCGCAGUGGCGGGUUGCUCACGGCCAAGCUUUUUGCUUCUACCA